CCUGUCUCGAUCUUUUAGUCGUUCUCAGUGCUCGAUCAGUGAUAUUGCUCGACUCCGAUCUUGAUAUAUAGAUCAAGUCAACGCAAUACUACUUUGUCGUUACCGUUCAUUCAUCAGAGCUUAAGAGAGACGACUCGUCAUGGCCCUCAGACCCCAACACACGGGCGACUCGAUUAGGUCCGAACGGUCCUUCCACUCGUCCCAUGGCCAUCAGACCCCGGUCUUGUCCCGAAAGAGCAGUAUCGCGAAUACCAAGAUCAAUACCGCUCAGAUCGGGGUUCCUUUGCCCAAGGAAGCUGGGGAUAGCGAUGGAUUCGGUGCUAGACCCAGGAUGCACAAGAGGAGCUUGACCGGUAACUACGAUCCCUCUCAAGGUGCCGAACCCGAAACCAAGUGGCCCAUCGGAGAUGAGAAGACCUGGAAAGACGCGUUGAAGGCAGACGAGGAAAAGGACGUCAAGUCGAUUGCGGCUCAUGUCGUCCACCACGUCAGCACCACUUUGGCCCGUCAACCGUUCAACGCGAACGACAGCGUGGCCUACCAAGCCUGCGCCUUGGCGAUCAGGGACGAGCUCAUCCGACGAUGGAACACUACCACCAGUUAUCACACCAAGGUCGCGCCCAAACGAGCUUAUUACUUUUCGCUCGAAUACUUGAUGGGAAGGACCCUGGACAAUGCGGUCCUCAACCUGGACAUGAAAGACAUGGUCGCCGAGACCAUGGGUAAGCUCGGUUUCAACUUUGAGGACCUCUUGGACGAAGAGAGGGACGCUGGACUCGGUAACGGAGGAUUGGGCAGGUUGGCGGCUUGUUACCUCGAUUCCGCAACGACCCUUGACCUGCCCGUUUGGGGUUAUGGGUUGAGGUACGAUUAUGGCAUUUUCAAGCAGUUGAUCGAUGAGAACGGUCGACAAGUUGAGGCACCCGACCCAUGGCUAGCCGAACCCAACCCGUUCGAAAUCCCCCGGAACGACAUUCGCUACCCCGUCCGUUUCUUCGGACAAGUCGAGAAGCAAGGCGAUAGAUGUUACUGGUGGGGCGGACAAGAGGUUCAAGCUAUGGCUUAUGAUGUGCCUAUUCCCGGAUGGAAGACCAAGAAUGUCAACAACAUCCGUCUUUGGAGCGCAAAACCGAUUACUGGUUUCGACUUGCAAUCUUUCAACGCUGGAGAUUACGAGCGCGCCGUAGCUGCUUCCCAGAGCGCCGAGACCAUUACUCGAGUCCUUUACCCCAACGAUAACACCACGGCCGGAAAGGAACUGCGUCUGAAGCAGCAGUAUUUAUGGUGUUGCGCCUCGUUGCAAGAUAUUUUGCGACGAUACAAGAAGCUCGAUCUGCCUUGGUCUCAGCUUCCUACCAUGAUCAGCAUCCAGUGCAACGACACUCAUCCGAUCAUCGCCAUCCCAGAGCUCCAGCGAGUUCUGGUGGAUGAGGAACAUCUGCCUUUCGACGAGGCCUGGGAGAUCGUCAAGGCUUGUUUCUUCUAUACGAAUCACACUGUUCUCCCCGAAGCUUUGGAGACCUGGCCGGUACCCCUGAUGGAGCACCUCCUGCCUAGGCACAUGCAGAUCAUCUACGAUAUCAACUGGUCUUUCCUUCAAGCCGUGGCGAAGAAGUUCCCCGGCGACCAAGAUCGUCUGGGGCGAAUGUCCCUGAUCGAGGAGAGUCAGCCUCGAAGGGUCCGUAUGGGGUACCUCGCUGUCGUCGGAACCACGAAGGUCAACGGUGUUGCCGCCUUGCAUUCCGGUCUGGUCCGCAGUGUUCUGUUCAAGGACUUUGUUGAGUUUUAUGGACCCAGCAAGUUCACCAACGUCACCAAUGGUAUUACACCCAGGCGUUUCCUGCACCAAGCCAACCCAGAGCUAUCCAGUCUGAUCACUUCCUGCAUCGGAACCGACGAGUGGCUCAAGGACUUGAGCUUGAUCGGCAAAUUUGAGCCUUUCGUUGAGAACCCUCAGGUCCGAAAAUCGUUCCAGGCCAUCAAGGAGAGCAACAAGUUGAGGCUGGCUGAGUUGGUCGAGAAGGAGUUGGGCAUUGCCCUUGACCCGACCGCCUUGUUCACGGUCCAAGCCAAGCGUUUCCACGAGUACAAACGACAGACCCUAAACGUCUUUGGGUGCAUCCACCGUUACUUGAAGAUCAAAGCUAUGACUCCUUCUGAGAGGAAGAAGGUUACCCCCCACGUCGCUUUCUUUGCCGGAAAGGCCGCCCCAGGCUACGCCAUGGCCAAGCUCAUGAUCCAGUUGAUCAACAACGUCGGACGCGUCGUCAACAACGACCGAGAGGUCGGAGACUUGUUCAAGGUCGUCAUGCUUGCCGACUAUUCGGUCUCCCUAGCCGAAGUCUUGAUGCCCGCAGCUGACUUGAGCGUGCAGAUCUCGACCGCUGGUACCGAGGCCUCGGGCACAGGAAACAUGAAGCUCAGCAUCAAUGGCGCCUUGAUGUUGGGAACCGUCGACGGUGCCAAUGUCGAGAUCGCAGAAGAGGUUGACGAAGAGCAGUGUUUCCUGUUUGGACACUUGACGCCUGAUGUUGACCACGUCCGCUACCUCAACGAAUACCAAGCUAUGCCUUUACAGGAGCGCUGCGCCGAGUUAGCUAAGGUCUUCGACGCCAUCAAGGGUGGCAUGUUUGGAAACGGGAACGGCGACAACUACACUAGUUUGCUCUACACCGUCGAGCACGUUGAUCACUACUUGGUCGCGAAUGAUUUCGAGUCGUAUCUCAGGGCCGAAGCUUUGGCUGACGAUCUCUUUACGAACAAUCACGAAGAAUGGGUGAGGCGCGCCAUGUUAACGACCGCGAGGAUGGGCAAGUUCAGUAGUGACCGAGCCGUCGCGGAAUAUGCGGAAGAGCUUUGGAACAUCGAACCCGCUCGCGUUCCCGAACACUGAGCCUCAAACGCGGCCGUCUACGACCUUUGGGCCACCAAUAUGUCGCUAGAACUGGGUCUGUACAUUGGAGAUGCUUUGAAAGUCGCCUAUCUGAACGCAUGAUUGUAUGAUGAUCUGAUGAUCUGAUGAUGGAUUCCAUGUCUGGUUUCAUCUAA